CCGCGAGCGGCGUCGCCAUUUUGAAGGAACUCGUCGGGCCCACCGAUCCACCCCCACCCGCGUCCCCGUUCAGUGGCCUCGGCGUUCGCUCGUUGCCGCGACGACAUCACAGCGAGAGUCCUCGGCGCUUCGACUCUGAAUGGACAUAAUGGCGAGCCCAGCCAAGGAGAACUAUCGGAUGAGAAGCUACAAAAACAAGGCGCUGAAUCCGCAGGAGAUGCGGCGACGACGUGAGGAGGAGGGCAUUCAGCUGCGCAAGCAAAAGCGCGAGCAGCAGCUGUUCAAGCGUAGAAAUGUGGACAAUCCCAAUGAGGAUGUCUCCAUGGACAAUGGAAUCCAAGAUCCCUCCGUCACCACCACCAUACCUGGGGAGUUUUCGGUCAUCACGAUUGAAAUGCUGCAGAUGAUUUUUUCUGACGACCCCGAGCAUCAGCUUGCCGCCACGCAAAAGUUCAGAAAGCUUCUCUCUAAAGAGCCGAACCCCCCGAUCGACGAGGUAAUCGUCUCGCCCGGCGUGGUGCCUCGCUUCGUUGAGUUCCUCAAGAGGAGGGAAAACUGCACGCUGCAGUUCGAGGCUGCGUGGGCGCUGACUAACAUCGCCUCGGGGACGUCGACGCAGACGCGGGUGGUGAUCACGGCCGGCGCCGUGCCCAUCUUCAUCACGCUGCUCUCCUCUGACUUUGAGGACGUGCAGGAGCAGGCCGUGUGGGCGCUGGGAAACAUCGCUGGAGACAGCCCCGAGUGCCGCGACUACGUCCUCGAGUGUGGCAUCCUCGCGCCGUUGCUGCAGCUGCUCACCAAGUCGAACCGCCUGACGAUGACGCGGAACGCGGUGUGGGCGCUCUCCAACCUCUGCCGUGGAAAGAACCCCCCGCCCGACUUUGCCAAGGUGUCUCCGUGCCUGAACGUGCUGUCACGCCUGCUGUACAGCACCGACACGGACAUCCUGGCGGACGCCUGCUGGGCGCUCAGCUACCUGUCGGAUGGCCCCAACGACAAGAUCCAGGCGGUGAUCGACUCGGGCGUGUGCCGUCGCCUCGUUGAGCUGCUCAUGCACACGGACGUGAAGGUGGUGUCCCCCGCCCUGCGCGCUGUCGGAAACAUCGUGACGGGAGACGACGUGCAGACACAGGUGAUACUGAACUGCUCGGCGCUGCCGUGUCUGCUGCAUCUGCUGAGCAAUCCCAAGGAGUCGAUCAAAAAGGAGGCCUGCUGGACCAUCUCCAAUAUUACAGCUGGCAGCCGGGCCCAGAUACAGGCGGUCAUCGAUGCCAACAUCUUCCCGGUGCUGAUCGAGAUCCUGCAAAAGGCGGAGUUCCGAACGCGCAAAGAAGCAGCCUGGGCCAUCACUAACGCCACAUCCGGUGGCACCCCUGAGCAGAUCCGGUUUCUGGUGGAGCAGGGCUGCAUCAAGCCGCUGUGCGACCUGCUCACCGUGAUGGAUGCCAAGAUCGUGCAGGUGGCUCUCAACGGCCUGGAAAACAUCCUGAAGCUGGGCGAGCAGGAGGCACGGCAGGACAAUCUGGGCAUCAACCCCUACUGCGCCACAAUCGAGGAGGCCUACGGCCUGGACAAGAUCGAGUUCCUGCAAUCGCACGAGAACCAGGAGAUUUACCAGAAGGCGUACGACCUGAUCGAGCGCUAUUUCGGCUCGGAGGAGGAGGACGGGGAGAUCGCUCCGCAGGUGGAUGAAAACCAGCAGCAGUUCCUCUUCCACCCCCAGCCACAGGCGCCCAUGGGCGGCUUCCAGCUCUGAACCGCUCGCCCCCCGCCGGUCCGGUCCGUCCGUCCGUCUGCUCGCCCGUCCACCCCCCACCCCACCCAGAAACUCUCCUUCCCUACCCCGUAGUGAGCGAGCGAUGGCUGCUGUCAUUAAAAGUGGCUUCUUGCCCCACCCUCACAAAACCCCACCCCGUCCCUCAACGUGUGCCAUGGAUAAGGUAGCGUUGGGAUAAAGCGGACGGCGCCGUCGAGGGUUGCGGCGCCGUCUAUAAAGAGAGACGACGAUGUUUGAGUGCGCGAGAGAGAGAGAGCGAGAGAGCGAGCGAGGGGUGUUGCUGUGAGCGAGUUCGCGUGGGUGUUGAGCCGAGACAUUUGCCGCGCGACGGGAGAGGAUUCGGCGCCCGCGUUUUACGCGAUACGGGCCGUUCACGUGGUGGAGUAGCGGGGGGGGGGAGAGGAGAUCUUUAGCGCUUUAACAACUGCCGCCCCCCCCCCCCCCGAUGGUUGGGCAAGCAAAAACUUUGCUGCCCGUUUGUGCCACCUCCCCCCUCCUCUGCCGCCCGUGCCCCCAUGCGCGCGCAAAGUCUGUGAGCUGAUGGUGUUGGGCUAUAAGCGGCAUUGGCUUUUCCCACAUGCUGUGCAUAAAGUCCUCUGCUUUAGUUGUGCCUGUAGAUGAAACUAUAAGCUGGGAGCCUCAGCCGACAGGGAGGAGUGUAAACCCGAGUGUUUCCGCUGUGAAGUCUGACCUUCCCUGAUCCCCGUUUAUCCCCAAUUCCCCCCCCCCCCCCCCCCCCCCCACCAAUGCCAUCCCCCCCCCACUCUUUUAUUUCCUCUUCCCUUUAAAACCUUACUGCAUUGUGCGUGUGUUUUUUUGUUGUUGCAAGUAGUGAAAACAUUUGCGAGCAGUUGAUUAAGCAACAAACUAAACAAGUAUCAAGCGAAAGAAAACAAAUCAGAACUAAUUAUAACCACGAUAUUACUUGAGUGUUUGUCCCCACUGCAAUUGUGCUAAAGCGUGCAAGCGCUACGUGUUGUCGACACGGGGCAACGCCCGUGUAGGGAUAGGGUGCAGCCUUGUGAACCAAACGGUACUCGCUCACCGUCCCUUAACCUCCCCCGUACCCGCUUCCCCCACACACACGGACACGCGGUGGGGGUCAGUGCAUUGCGGCUGAGUUCUCGCUGCCCAUCAUCCCAUGUGAACGAUCGCCCAACGCUUCGAAACGCCCGCGGUGUGCCGUAGUUUGCUGUGCCGCCCACCAUCGCUCAAUCCCGGUUCCCGGUUCGCCUUCUCACUUGCCCGCGAUCCCCACCAUCUCCAUAACCCAGCGAAAAUAAUCUCGCAAAAUAACCAACUCUCCACGCAUGGUGAAUGGAUAUGUAUUUUUCACUCUUGGUGGCUGCAUCCAUUCCCUUUUGGCCUUUGUGCAGGGAUGGGGGAGCGCACCGUGGGUGGCUGGGCUAUGCGACCGUGGGUUUGUUUUGCUGUUCCUCCGUUGCUUUUUUGGCUCUUACUUGGUGGUUUUAUUUUUUGGCGCGGACCUUUGGGCUGCCUGGCCCCCCCACUGCCCACAAGGGCCGCGUCGGAGUGGGCGAGCUGCGACCUACGUGUGACCCCGAAAUCAUUUCUUCUCAGGAGCCCCAUGGCCUCCCAGUCUCGACCAGCUAAUAGCCUCUGUCCAUUGCUUCAUACAGACAGAUGUAUUUGCACACACGAACACACGCACGCUGUAUUUCUAUGUUCCUCUCAAAUAGUCCAUUAGCUUUGAAGGUACUGUUGUUUGGUGGUUCAAACAUCAUCCUUACAAAUAAAAAAAAGCAAACAAUGUUCCAUGGUUUGCAAUUGCACAUUUGAUGCAUUGAGGCCACCCUAAAUUGGGGCGGAGGGGGGGCUUUGCGCAGGUGGGCGAUUCACCGUGCAGUGCUGUGACUGCGUGCAUGUUCCUUUCCUUUAUUUUCCCCUCGUAUUUCUUUAAACGGGUGUUGUUUUAACGUAGUCGUUGCAGCAGCAGCCGCCCAAUAAUUUCUUCACCCGCGCAGCAACUGCCACCCCUGUCCAAGGGAAGAACCACCAGCGGCCCUACUGGCAAAUACCGAAGGGUGUGUGUGGCGUUGGAAACGACGAUUGAAAAACAUUUGUGCUGUGCGAAUUCCCCACGGCACUCCCAGGCACACUUUCGUCGGAGGUGCAGUCACAUUGCCCAAGCUGCUGUCAGAAACAGUUCAGGGCUGCCCCCCCCCCCCCCUUGCUCGCACACACACACAGGGACGACGGAGAAAGUAGUCGCUCGUUUUGCGUUUGACAGUGGUGAGUCCGUUGACAGGACAGCCACUGUUGGCUAUCUCACACAAGUACUAUUUUAGUGGACCCCAUUUGGGAUGGACUACACCAACGACCCUUGAAGAGGAUUUGAACUUGUGACACUGGCAUCCACGCACAUUGAGCCACCGGGUUGGAUCCCCCCACCCACUUGUAUAACAAGUGUGGUUCUAUCGAUUGUUGGGGUGCGCGUCCCUGUCUGCAACCCUGGGCCCCUUUGUGGCCAUGGUUGGGCAGCAGGUCCGCAGUGGAGAUUAAAAUUUUGUGCCGCUCUUGUCGCCCCGUGACAUCGACACGGGGCGUGAAGGCGGUGCAACUGCUCCGGGGCCCUUGGGCCGGGAGGGAGGGCCCAGGUUACAAAGUGGGGAGAAUAUUUGGGCGGAGUGUUUGGGGUGGCCGGGUCACACCUUCAUUCUUUGCGCCAAGGCACAUGGCAACCCGGCUGGUAAUGCCAGGCUGUGUUUGCUGAUGCCAGGGUAAUCGUGCAGCCAAUUCAAAACUCGUAGGAAAAUUAUGUUUCUGAAGGCAAAUCAGGCCGUGUGAAUGCACCUCUUCCUUAACCCUUGGCUUCAAAAAGCUGCGUCUCUUUUGUGCGUUGUGGUCUUCGACUGCUGUUCACCCACAUCGUCAUAACCGCAUGUUGGGUUUUUUUUAGUUUACUACGUUUUAUUCCGCUCCCUCCUUUCCUACCCAAUCCGUGUUUUGUUUUCCUCUCGUUCUUCAAUACAUUAAAAGUGUACAUUAUAUAAAUAAUUUAUAAAACAAAUCUGUCUCAUUACGUAGGCUUAUUUUGCAUCUUGUGCAGCCAAAUGUAUAAAAAAAAUAUUUGUAAAUUUAGAAGGGAGUGGUAUUUGAGCUAAGACAAAUGCUGGGGUCUUAAAAAUAAAGUAAACAUUAUAAUUGCGCGGGGAUGGAAAAUCUCCUCCGCUUAUUUAUCACCAUGGUGUGUUUAAAAAAAAAUACUCAUUGGCUAGUACGUAACCCACAAGCCAAUUGGUGCAAUUUUAAGGUGUUUGCCAUAAGGUGCACACAUACAUGAGGUAAGCGAUUUUUAAAUUGUCAACUUGGUUUGGCACUACCUCCCGCCCAUUAAAUCGAUCUCUUAAAAAUAAAAAUGAACGCUCAUUAACAAAUCUCCUUCCGCGCUGCUCGGAAAGAAUUCCCGGUCGUGCCAGUUCAGUUGGGUCUUAGGCGCAAAGGGUUAAACCAACUCAGCACAACCCCCCCCCCACCCACGCUUUCUCAUUUUUGUAAACGUUUGAAUUUACGUAGACAAGUGACUAGAGGUUUAAACAAGAGGUAGAAUUGUCCACUGAUUAUCUACACUGGCUUGAGAGCUAAUUUUUUUGUGAUUGUAGCCUUCAAACAGCACUGCUGAACAAACCAGUUUUGCACUAAGCUAUCAUUCACCUUGCGUUCAUGUAGGAGUUUCAAAGCAGUGAACGCUUGCAGCUUUUAAUUAUGUUAAAGCAGUAGGUUUUUUUUCUUAAUUGCAUGAAAACCAUACCUGUUCAGCUUCUGCUGAAUUUGAAAAAUGACAGCGUAGUUUGCUUGGGUAGAACUACAGCCAAAACAACAUUACACCAUUUCAAGUAAUAGUAUUUGGAUUUUUGGGUUCUUCAUAAACCCUCUGCCAAACACAGUGAUGUUGGCGUUUAAUUCGAUCAUGCAUCCAACACUGCUCGUAACAGUGGUAGGAUGGUGACUUUUAUAUUUGUCAAGCCCAUCGUGUCUGGGCACAUGAAUUGCCAAUCAGGCUGUACAUUUUUCAAUUAUUCAGCCUUCUGCAUCGCGUCUGGAUUCGGAAUUGCACGCUCGCUGUCUCUACAUUGGGUCUAUCUACCUCUUUUCAAAUGCUCUCAAACUGUGACCUAAACUGUUUUGCUCUUUGCUUUGAAGACAUAAAGCUAUGAAACUAGUAAACAAAAAUAGCAUUGAUAUAAUUCUAAAACAAGUGGGGGGAAAAAAUAUAAAAAAAUGUUUAAAAAGUGACAUUUAGCAGAAGCUGUUAAGGUUGUAUUAUUCUUGUGAUGCUCUGAUUGGGUUUAAGCUUCAAACUUGUGCUGAUUUUGUGUAGGCAUUUGAUUUCUUUUGCCCCUAUUUCCUUUGUGUUUAUUUUUUAGUCCCUUUAUUUCCGGCGUAGAUAUACUCGCCGAUGGGUCUUACCUUUAAGAAAAAUGCAUAAGAAGAAAAUUGUAUGUAAAAAAAAAAGGGAAUAAGAAAGGUUUAAAUAAAAGUUAGUUUUAAGCCCUGGUAGAAAUGUAGUCUGCCUGUGCAGACGCAACAGCACCCCGCGACCCGCAGAAUCACAACCCAACCAAGGAAUCGACCCGCAAGAGAUACUUUCGCGCAAAUUUUACAAAAUAAUAAUUAUCAAGGACCAACCCAAACCCAAUCCCAAGCUGUCGUUUAUACAACCCUUUCCCCCCUUCUCUCACCGAAACCGGCCACCUUGGUGGAAAUUGAGCGGUGGGCUGGGCAGGUUCCUUGUUGGAUGACGGGUUCUGCGCGCCGUGUGGGAGGAGGCAGCAGCAAGUGUUUGUUGUGUCGGUAAUUAAUUAUUGCGGUUCGCAUUAUUAGUACUCUGGGCCGCGGCUUUGUUGGGAUGGACACACGCAGGACUCUGUGACGGGUCGCCAGCUUGAGUGUUUUGAGCUCGGCAGAACGGUUUGGCAGCAACUUAAAAAAAAAAUUGACCACAUUUUUAUUUUUUUAAGAUGUGUACGACAACAAUCGGGUAAAAAAAACAGCGAGGCGUUAACAUGCUAACUGCUAAAUCUGUUGCGGGCGUGUUUACGUUUGCCCGUGAAAGGCCCGGAAUAAAGCACGCUGUUCAACCAAAUUGUCUCAUGGUCACCUCCCCCCCCCCCUGCCCUAACCCCACCGCGUUGUUUCUCUCGGCCACCAAAAUCGGCGCCAGACCCCCCCAACACCCCCCCCCCCUCCCGGUUGCGGUUGACGGGUCAAGGAGGCAGACGUGGUGGGGGGGGGUAGAGAUGGGGGGCGGCCGCUGCACAGUUGGCACGCACGCGGCGGCGGGGGCAGAAUUGGGAGGGCCCGCGAUUGACGUCCCAAUGGCCCCAGGGGCCACGGUGUCUCCGCCAAGUCCUCGACGCUUACCCCACGUCACUCGCUUUGCGUGCCCACUUAUGGGUGUUGCUCUUGUUCCGGCAGCCGUGGGGGGGGCGGGGGUGUAAUUUUUGUUGUUGUUCCCGCCUCCCCCCCUCACCAGGAUUUUGUUGAUCUGCGGCUAGCGACACGAUCGCCGAGGUCCUUGAGCGUGUGUGGGCCCCAGCAAACCCCAUCCCCCAACUUUAUUAAGUCGUUAAGUGUAACUCGUUAUAAGGAAUCUCAAAAUGUUAAUGUGAAUAUUUGUAAGGCCACCUUGCCAGGAAGGAUUUCACGACCGAGGGGGGUUCAAAAUUUAACUUGUUAACUGGAUAAAUGAACUUUUUGUUAAUUAAUGCUGGCAGAAAUUAGUCGAUGCAAAAAUAUAUAUUUUUGCAUUCAAAGCGUAUUGAAGAGAAAAAAUACCGUAUAUACUGCAAUUUUAUAAAUGGUUCUCAUGUUUUGUUAAUGUACCUUUUGCUCAUGCUGAUGAAUUGGCAAAAGUUUCAGAUUAUAAAACACCAAGUCCUUAAACUAUUUACAUCUAUGACCAUGCCAUUGCUGUAAUUGCCACUACAAAUAUUUUUUUUACCAACAUUGUGUUUAUUUGAUCUCUUUGCAUUAAUGUAAGCCAGUACAAAUAUCAUUUUUCAGGAAUCACAUAAAAGUGGCACAUGAAUAAUUGGAACGCGGUAUUUUAGUUUUCGACUUGAUUUAUGUUGUGUAAAUAUUUGUAGUAUUUAUAUCGUUAAAUAUUCAAUUUGCAUUUUAUUUUAAUAUCCUCAAAAGAAUAAUGAGACAUGAACUUAAAAUUUGUCAUUGAUUCGCCUAUAGCGUUGUUAAAUUGUAUUUGCCGAAUCCAGUAAAAAGGGGUAGGUGAAUUGAGUCCCCUUUUUUCGAUGGAUAGGAAAAAAAGUUUGCUCGAUUCCGGGGAAUGGGUCUCCUGGCAAGGUGAUGCAUGCACGCACACGCACACACUUUGUCCCUUGGUACCGUUUUUCCUGGGACGCGCGCACACGCACACAUCACACGCGCACACAUACAGUCGCAUACCGACUGGACGGCCCCCGUUCAAGAGGCUUUUGGUGGAAAAUUGAGAAUGCCCAAUUUUAAAAAAAUAAGCUUAUUAUCUUAAGUUCUUUCCCAGUUAGCGGCGGCUGCCGUUGCCCUUCCAAAUUUGCGGCCCGUUCCGCGCGUUUAAAUAUAAUAACAUUUCUUUGACAUAAAACUGUCGUGUGGCACAUUACGAUCUAUCUGCAGACUGCUGCUGCUUUUUUUAAUUUCCGGAACAAAUCCUGUUUAUGGAAAAAGUAAUAGGAACAUUGCUUUGGCCUGUACGCGACAGCUCUCGCAGUAUUUAUUUUUAUAAUCUUGUUUACAUUUUUUGGCGCUGCGAUCUUGGCAGAGUAGCCGUGAGCCACCACAACCGGCGGACAAAGCAAUUUGCUGCCACUCCUGCCGUCUCGAGACUCUGGAACGGCAGAAAUAAAUAAGAAGGGGCGGCAUGAAUGGGGCGGUCGCUUCUCAACUUCCCGCGAAAGCCAGCGUUUGAACGGAGGGUACCAAACGGAGAACAACCACGCGACUUGUGCUGACGUUCCGUGUGUGUGCGAGUGAGAGAGAGUGAAUGCUCGACUGACUUGAUUGAUUGGCUGUGGCUUUGCAGACUUAAAAAAGGAAAAAAAACUAUCUAUUACCCCCUCUCCCACCCCUUAAGCCGAGAAUGACCGCAGUCGUCAGCAGUAUCGGUGUGGCAUUACGCACGUGUUUCAGUACUUUAAUGCAGGAAGUUACUGACAAACGUCAGUUCAUUGUUUGUCUCUCCUAGGAUAAAAGCUGUGGAAAGCUUUAGCCGGAGGGAAAAGUGGCCCAUGUUGCUGUCCCUCAUUUUUUUGUUUGGCUCGGCGUUUCCUGGCGCACAGGGCCAUGCUUGGGGACGGGGCGGGGUGUAGUCUGGCUUCAUCUUUGCGUUUAUUUGCCGUGGUCAAAUUGUGCUGCGCUUUUUGGCGUCGCAAUACAAUAACAAAGAACUGCAUUCACGCACACACUUGCGUGUUUGGCCAGGAUGCGCAAGUUUCCACGGGCCUUCGUGAUUUUGUUUUGUCGAUAACAUCGAGAAGAUACAUAUAUACUAUACAUAUAUAUUGGAGUUACGCACGCUGUCGGUUAUCGGAAACCCAACGUUGAGAGCAAAGGGCGUGAUCUGCAUUGCAACUUGGGAGUCGAGUUGCAAUUGAAGUUGCAAUGCAGGUUGCGCAGUUAGGAGUGACAGGUUCCGACACCAUUUAUCGUGACACCUUAAGCGAGCAUUGUUGACUUGUUGAGCUUGAAAUGUUAGCAUAUUCUCGCUUCACAAAUGACUACGGAAUCGUUGCAAUAUCACGGCAAGAGAGUAUGCACUGUGCAUGUAAACCAGCCUACGUGGUGGUGUCUCGUCCGCAUCUUCCGUUCAAGUGGCGUGUCUUUCCGUCGUCUCAUUCGCGUCACAUGUUUUGUACGAACACAAUGUCCACAAGCACGGCAAUAUUUGCCUGCUGGUGGUGGUGAAUUCCACUUGGACGUUGAGAACUGUAUUCUUUUGGGUCUUUCGGUAAAGUCACUGGGAUAGCUUCAAAGAAACUAACAAAAAACGACGUUUCGAUCGCUACACAAGUGGUCGUCAUCUGCUUCAGAUGUUGACGACUGCGUACCCUCGCCACCUGCAGGGUUCCCUUUGAUGUUUCUUUUUCGUUGUAAUCAGAAAAAAAAGUUUCGAUUUUCUUUUCCACGUCUGUACGCGUGAGUGGUUGAGCCAUGGUUGUUAGCCAAACAUAUCCUCGAUAACUGCAUCGAUCAAUCGGGUCGAGCCAUUGCCCCUCCCCCCCCCAGAGGUCCUAGACUUCUCCACUCGACGUGAUUGUUUUCUCUCUGCUGGUGCGGACACCCAAAACAAAGACGAACGACGUAAUAACUGGAACUGGCGAGCUGAACUGGGGCACGGUUUGCCACGGAUGGAAGGUGCCACGGCACACGUCCAUUGUAGCCUUCUUGAGGCGAAUUCCGGCCUGGUCCGUGCCUGGGUUUCUUGUUUUGCCGUGCAGCUGCCGUGGGUACAUUUUGAUGUCUCUCCAACAUCAUCAUCAUCUCUGCUCUCCCGUUUCUCAUUGAGGCUGUUGAAGGGUUCAUUGUGGCCGGUGACAUUGUUAGGUAAGCCCACAGUGUGUCCCAUCUUUUCCACCCAAGGUAAACAUUUUUUUUUAUUUCGACUUUUCAAAUGUGAUAAAUGUGUGUUUUGCACAUGUUAUAUGUGACUUAACUGGCAUUCAGUGACUGCUAUUGGCUAUUGUACAAACAGCUUCAUUUUUUUAGGAUAUUUUUUUCCUCAAAGGCACGCGCACCAGCUUAGAACGUGCGGUAAAACAAGUUAUAUCAACAAGCAAUAAUCGGACCUCGUAACCAAUUCUCUGAAAUACCCAUUUAUUAAAUGUUUGAUUCUAGGUUAAGCAGAUUUGGGCACUUAAUACCUGCGCGUGCCUCAACCGCAAGGGGUGCAGUGUUGUCAUGAUAAACAAUAGCACCGAUAGGGCAUUUGAGAUGCACGCUUUUUUUGUAAUAUUGGAUUUCUAAGCGGGGAAAAUCUUUCCUUCCCUUGUCCAUUGUAAACCAGCAAAGCAAACAAAACAAACAGGGUAAUUGAAAACAAUACCACAAACGGAGCUUGGGUGGAAAAAAGUCGGUGUUCAUCGAUUUGACGUCGUGAAAUUUAGAAGUUAUUUUGUUUCUACUACAGAAAAAAUAACCGAUUUAAUUUCUUCAUCAUCACUAUUCUCUAAUUGUGUCCAACUCAAAGGAGGCCUUUGUCAAUUAACGUGAAACUUAUAUAUAUUCUUAUUUGUUAUACAUUGAAUUAUAUUUUCAUUUUCUAAUUGUGCAAUGUGGCUAAAGAAAAUUCCGAUUUUGGCGAAAAAAGCGGAUUUUACUAAAUCUACAAGUCUCUUGGAUCACUCGAGAAUGCGCACAAUUGACACUUGGGUGCACAUGUAGAUUUCAAAAGGAAAGCGGCAAUUGUGCUUCAAACUAUUGAAAAGUGCUAUUUUAAUAACUUAAAAUAAUAAUACAGGAAAAAAAAUAACUAACAGCUGUAUGCAAAUUCGUUCCGGCUGUUGAUGGCCGAAUUGAAACAACAUGAAGUGGGGCAGCUUUAACUGGCUUGAGGUUGCCGCAGGGAAUAUUUAAACUCGGAAUACGCUCUCGAACCAAACUUUGCUGUAUUGAAAUUAAUAAAUAAGUCAAGGAACGUCAAAAGCGGCGAGUGCCCCCCCGGCAUGCGGCCGGUCCUCUCCCUCCCCUCGGGCCCCCCCCCCCCAAUCCCUUCUUCUCGACAUGCCCCCCCCCCCAUCCCCGUUUACACUCAGCAGCAACGUGCCAUGGAUCAUGCGCUAUUAUAAAUGUUUUUGCCUCCGCAGGUACAAACCUCACUUUUCUGUGCAAUACAAUGUUUCCUCUUCCCCUCGGCUUCACGACGUUGGCUUUUUUUUUACGCCUUUUUACCGUAACCUCAGAGUAGCGUGUUGUCGCUCAUAACUUUUUGUUCCUUUAUUUUUAUUUCUUUUUUUUUCCUUUUUUAUCCGUAGGAUCUGUUUACUGGUUUUUCCUAAAUCGGCUUUAAAAAAAAGUGUUACAUUGCAGAUGGCAUGUCGGCAGAUAUAUUUUUCUUGGGUGCCGACUAAAAGCGUGCGCGAUUUCUUUUCCUUUACGGAUGAUGAUACUGUAUUUGGGGCACACGCCAAGGCUUAAGUUAAUUUUCGUCGUGUGGCUAUAUUAUGCGAUGUUUCUGUGACAACCACGCGUUUGCAAUACGAGAGAAAAUUUGAACUUUAACAGCCAGGAGUGUUCAGCUCUGCCGCAAAGGCUGGCUUUCUUCCAAUAAAGCUUAUCUACUUUAUUUGGUUUAUAUUUUUAAAACAGCACUUCAUUUUGUACCUACAAAACUUGAACGAUCUCUACCAUUUUGUAUGCUGCGUAUGGCCGCCGGCUGGGGCAGAGAUUUGACAGACUGAAGACGUUUGCAUUGACUUUUAAGGAGUGGUCUGGAGAGAGGUGUGAGUGAGUUGACAUACGUAAAUAUUGAAAAAUAUAAAGUACACGAACACGACUCGCAGACAUACACAACUACAAAAAAUUUCAUUUUGUUACUUGUAUUAUGUUUUUUCCUGUUUAACAUGUAAAAUUGUAACCAUUUAAAAGCGAUAAUAAAAGUCUUCAGUUACAAACA